UUGUACAACACGAGCUCCAUGAAUAUCAUCCACUAAAGCACUAACGAUGACGGCAACUGGCUGCUACCAACUACGGCUACGGCUACGGCGGGAAUUAACUCUCGUCAUUUAUCAUACCGAUAGUACCACUGGGCCAAAUAGGUCUUUCACGGAAAGAAUCCAAGUCGAUGGACGACGUAGAAGGAAAUAUUCCCCAACAAAUGCUGCAAAGAUAGGAGAGAACGAUGGUAUGCAGAACAUUUACCUCCAAUAUGUGGCGACAUAGGGACAGCCAUACGCAUACACGCAUCAUCAACCUUCUUAAUCUGCUAUUUUCUUGUUAUUCUCUUCCCAU